AUGGAACAUGAGAACAUACUGUAUGCUGAUGGAUCGGAAAGGGCUAUUGCAAGACAUGAAGUCAGAGAAAUAGAACAACGUCAUACAGUAGAUGGCCCCCGACAAGAUGUGACACUGGAUGAAGAUGAUGAUGUGGUGAUUAUUUACAACAGAGUACCUAAGACUGCCAGCACAUCCUUUACAAAUAUUGCCUAUGAUCUUUGUGCAAAGAACAAAUAUCAUGUUCUACAUAUCAAUACAACCAAAAAUAAUCCUGUUAUGUCUCUGCAAGAUCAGGUCCGAUUUGUGAAGAAUGUGACUUCCUGGAAGGAAAUGAAACCAGGAUUUUACCAUGGACAUAUAUCUUAUUUGGACUUUGCAAAAUUUGGUGUUAAAAAGAAGCCAAUUUACAUAAAUGUCAUAAGAGAUCCUAUAGAACGACUAGUUUCUUAUUAUUAUUUUCUGCGCUUUGGAGAUGAUUACAGACCAGGGCUACGGAGGCGAAAACAGGGGGAUAAAAAGACCUUUGAUGAAUGUGUAGCAGCUGGAGGUUCAGACUGUGCUCCAGAGAAACUUUGGCUUCAAAUUCCAUUCUUCUGUGGCCACAGCUCCGAAUGCUGGAAUGUGGGAAGCAGAUGGGCUUUGGAACAAGCCAAAUACAAUUUGAUUAAUGAAUACUUCCUAGUGGGAGUUACUGAAGAGCUUGAAGACUUCAUCAUGUUAUUGGAGGCAGCUUUGCCCCGGUUCUUCAGGGGUGCCACAGAACUGUACCGGACAGGAAAGAAGUCUCAUCUUAGGAAAACAACCGAGAAAAAACUUCCUACAAAAGAAACUAUUGCCAAGCUACAACAGUCUGAAAUCUGGAAAAUGGAGAAUGAGUUCUAUGAAUUUGCACUGGAGCAAUUUCAGUUUGUCAGAGCACAUGCAGUUCGGGAAAAAGAUGGAGAAUUGUAUAUUCUGGCUCAGAACUUUUUCUAUGAAAAGAUUUACCCUAAAUCAAACUAAGAACAGUACUGUUAGAUUUACGGACCCAAAUCUUUGGUCACGUUGUCAUCUUAGUCCUCAGCCAUGGAAACCAGAUUGCUCGUAGACCUCCAAGACGUUUCUUUAUAGAUCUGAGAAAAGGGGGCUGUGGAUAACCUCCAGGGUGUUGGAUACUGGCAAACUAUGUUGGUAAUCCAGAAGCAAAGGCUUCAUUUCUUUUAUCUAACUAAUACUUUCAGUGGGAGUAAUAUCCUUUACCUGAAGAAAUCUACACUUUAAUUCGGAGCAAUUAGUACACGGCAGUUCUAGUUGAAAAUAUAAACAAACAAAAAAUGCUUCUGUUGAUGCUCUUUUUAAUUUUCAGAGCAAUUUAUUUUCAUUUAUACUUCUGUGAAGAGGAAAUAAUUUUUCCCAGCUUUCACCAUAGAAAUUUUGGUUGUAUACAAUAUGAGUAGUGUUAAUAACUGAUUGACAUCUGUGCUUUGUUUUUGUGAGUCAUGUCACAUGUUAUUAAUUGGGAUGGUUAAUCAUGUUCUGCUGAGACAUGCUGCUGCUGCUGGAAUUGCCCGUAUUUAUAUAUGUGGUUUGAUUAAAAAACUACAACUAAUCA